AUGACUUUUAAUAUUAUACGAUUUCUUACAAUUUUGAUAAUAUUAUAUACUAUUAUUUCUCAAAUUUCUUUAGCCCAGGAUACUGAAGCUAUCGUAGACGGCUUCUUUAGUCGAGGAGGUCAUACUAACAAUUGGGCAGUUUUGGUAUGCACUUCGAGAUUUUGGUUUAAUUACCGUCAUAUUGCGAAUACAUUAUCAAUAUAUCGUACAGUAAAGCGUUUAGGUAUUCCGGAUUCGAAUAUCAUCUUAAUGCUUGCCGACGACGUAGCCUGUAAUCCACGUAAUGCAUUUCCUGCUACAGUGUUUAACAAUGCUGGAAGAUAUUUGGACCUGUAUGGAGAUAAUGUAGAAGUAGAUUAUAGGGGUUAUGAGGUAACAGUGGAGAAUUUUAUUCGAGUCUUAACAGGCCGUGUUGCUCCGGAUACACCUCGAUCUAAGCGUUUACUGUCUGAUGAUCGGUCAAACAUUUUAGUGUACAUGACUGGUCAUGGUGGUAAUGAAUUCUUGAAAUUUCAAGAUGCCGAAGAGAUUAGUAGUUUUGAUUUGGCAGAUGCGUUUGAGCAAAUGUGGGAAAAGAGAAGGUAUCAUGAAGUUUUAUUCAUGAUUGAUACAUGUCAAGCGAAUACAAUGUAUAGUCAAAUAUAUUCACCCAAUAUAUUGGCUACUGGAAGUAGUGAACUUGGAGAGAAUUCUUAUUCACAUCACAUGGACACUGACAUUGGUGUUGCGGUUAUUGACCGUUUUACUUAUUAUAAUUUGGAAUUUUUGGAGAAAGUAGAUAUGCAAAGCAAGGCAACUUUGAAAGAUUUAUUUAAUUCAUAUAACCCGAACUUUAUACAUUCAACUCCCGGUGUUCGGAGCGAUCUGUUUUCUAGGCCAUUAGAUAAGGUCCUCGUGACUGAUUUUUUUGGAAGUGUUCAAAAUAUAGAACUCACGGGACAACAAUACAACAUAUCAAAUUCGGACAUUGUUAAUGAGACCAUUAUCUCUGACGAAUCAAAUUUUAAGGUAAAUUAUGAUUUUGCAUACUUUUUUUAG